AUGGGCUUCGCGUACCCUGUAUACACGAAGACGACCUCAAUGCUACCUAGGUACCCUUCCUGCAGCCAUUAUGCGACUUUGAAGACUUUGCUGGUCAUUACCACGUCGCACAGCAUUGGCUGGAUCCAACUCGUCUCUCCCUACCUAGGUAGCAUUCCUGCGCAUUUAUUUCUUGUUUUCUUCGAGGGAAUAUUUCGCGGGCUUUACAGGACUGGUGCUCUACAGCAGACGACCUCUGACAAGACCACAACUAUGCAGUUCCAACUGGUAUCUGAUAUCGCAUUUCAGAAAUGA